GUAAUUUAAGUAAUUUAAGUAAAAAAUGGUACUUCCUGGAGUUACUAGCACUUCCUGUGCAUGAAUUCAACAUUUCUAACGCGCUUCGUUGCAUUGUGCAUUUCAAAGUCACGCAAAUACGAAUUCUGCACGUGAAUUACCCAACAGAACGAAUUAUAUGGACUAAUACAAUGCAAAAACAGUAAAACAUUACAUAAACUGUGUUCAUGUGCCAAAACGAAAGACGCCUAAAUAAAUCAUGACUAUUACGACGACCACAAUGUAAGUACGUGUAAGUACGUGAAUAAACAAUUGUAAUAUCAAUGGCACCACAUAGACUCCAAGAAGAGUGAAAGCGUUUAUCAAAAAAUCCAACGCAACAUACCAAUUUUAGUGGUGGCAACAAAAACCGAAUGAAAACCUCGAAGACGUAACUUGAAAUCAGUUGUGAACGAGCCUCCAAAGCGUUUGCUUUGAUUCGAAUUCGUGAAGUGUGAUAUCGCAUGCUGGAAGCGGUUCUCAAGAAGACAACCGGAGUGGAAACCGGGUCACUAGGGUGCUCCGAACUCCGCAAGGCAUCUCGAUGCACGAACCUGUCGUGUGUGUGCUGUGUGUGUUUAUUAAACACGCGGAUUAUGUGCGGAUGAUUGUUUGACUAACAUGACUGCUUGGUAUCGGAAACUUGUGAUUGUAUUUCUUACAAUUGUCACUUCAUCAGCAUCCAGAAUUGAUGAUUUGGUCAGAAGAUGGUCCCCAUUGAUAUGGUUAGCCCCAGGAGAAAGAUUCAUGCCGGAUAGCAUAGAGGAUUUCCUCCCACAUACUCAACCAGGUGAUUUUUAUGGAAAAAUGAUGCCGGAACAGAAUAUUAUCGGCGGAGACAAUUCUACUAAAUUGUAUUUACACACAGUGAAUGAUAUAGUUUUAGAUGAAUUAUUAUCAAAUGCAUCGAAUUCUUUCCUCUAUGGGAAAGAUCCAUCUAAAGUUCCUGUCCCAGUUUAUGCUCUGGUGACGAAAUGUCACGAAAAAAUCUUCCAUGUGACUUAUUGGUUGUUCUUUCCGUAUAGCCUCGGAAAGGAAUUCUGUGUCCUAGGGAAUAUUCCUCUCCCACAUGUGUUUUCCACGUGUUUGGGGACGAAAAUGUUACUGGGGAGUCACGUGGGUGAUUAUGAACACUUGUCAAUGUCAUUUGAUGGUAACUCUUCAUACCCUGCACAAAUCUACUUGGGUACCCAUGAAAGUGGAGUGUAUUACACUCUCAAUCGUAAAACAAGGUCGUUUGUAUACUCAGAACAGAUUAAGAGGAAGUUCCUUGCUCCUAAACCUCUAUUCCCGAAUGAAAUAAGAAUAAAAAAGAAGAGGAUUGAAGUGUUUGCGUCGUUGGGCUCACAUGGUCUAUGGGCGGAGCCUGGGAAUCAUAGUUAUCACAGGUUUUUAGGUAUAGAAGAUAUUAGUGGUUAUGGAACCCCUUGGAGCACCUGGCAGGACCUGAGGAUAUAUCAUGUUGAUAGGGAUGUUGAUAAGUUUAAGAGGGAGGCUAAUGUGGAGAGAGGGUUACCGAAGUGGAUGUUCUAUGAAGGGAAGUGGGGUAAUCCGAGGUCAAAUUGUUUGAUUUGGAGGUACUUUUGUGGGAUUACGGAUGGACCACCGGGGAUGUUGAGGUCUGUGAAGGAUUUUUAUUGUGAUAAAAUGUAAAUAUGUGAUUUGGAUUAUGUUAUAAUAUAUUUAGUUGA